AUGACCGCUCCCGGCCAGAAAUCUGCUUGUAUUUUUUGCAAUAUCGUAAAUAAAUUGGAGGACACUGAGAUACUGUACGAGGAUGACUUCGUUUGUGUGUUCAAAGAUAUUAAACCGGCGAGCAGAUAUCACAUAUUGACGGUGCCUAAGCGACAUAUAGAGGACGCGAGAUGCCUAACUCCAAACGACAAAGAACUAGUUGAAAAAAUGCUGACUGUAGCUAAAGAGAUGCUGUUGAAAAACAACUAUUCUAUAGAAGAUGCAAGGUUUGGGUAUCAUUGGCCUCCGUUCAGGAGUGUUAAACAUCUUCAUCUGCAUACCAUAGCUCCAGAGAGUGAAAUGGGAUUUUUAGGAAAAAUGAUAUUUAAGAAGGAUUCCUACUGGUUUGUUUCGCCUGACUAUGUCGCAUCGAGGCUAUGA